AAACGGAGCGUUUCUUUCCACAGUACUUUCUACUCACUACAUAUUAGGAGUUAUACACAUGUUCACUAAAGUCUCGAGGUUCUUAUACAGUAACCAAAAAGGGAGGGGAAAAGAAGACAGCAGCCUUUAAAGAACCACCGGAAAUGGCAAGAACAUCGCCGAACAUCAUCGUUACCGGCACGCCAGGCGUGGGCAAGACGACCCACUGCGAAGAGCUUGCGAGGCGGACAGGCCUGAAACACCUUUCAGUCAACCAAGUUGUGAAGGAUAGUGAAUGCCACGAGGGCUGGGAUGAGGAGUUUCAAAGCUGGAUCGUUGAUGAAGAUAAGUUGCUCGAUACCAUUGAGGAAGAAGUUCAGAAUGGGGGCCAUAUAAUCGACUGGCACGCAUGCGACCUUUUCCCUAAGAGCUGGAUCGACCUCGUUGUCGUUCUGCGCGUGGACUCGGCGACGCUCUACGACCGUCUGUCAGCAAGAAAAUACUCGGAUGCCAAGCUCCAGGAGAACCUGGACUCGGAAAUCAUGGAGGUUCUGCUCCAGGAGGCCAGAGAGGCAUUUGAUGAGGAGAUUGUUGUCGAACUGACGAGCAACACGUCAGAUGAAAUGGAGAGCAACAUCUCAAGGGUCGAGGCGUGGCUCGACCAAUGGAAGAAGGAUCGCUCGUUAUAGAGAAGGCAGCGAAGUAAAUGGACAGAGACUAUACGAAUUAAGGGUCAACGCGGCACGUAAUGCUUUACCAGUUCAUUUGUCUUCCGAUCCAAAGGCGGUUGAUGCCAUUACCUCUCUCUUCUUUCCGACUGGCUCCGGCGUGGAACUAUUUAAGCUAUCAUCGGAAACCCGACGAAACCUAUCAUUGCCACUAGCCUUCCAAUCUUACGUUCUUCAACCCA